CAAACUGAACUAUUUCCGUUGAUUCCUUUUGUUCGCAAUACGAACUACUCGAGUUCUUAACCUCAAACAACAAAAAUGUUUAAUUGGAAAUACGUUUGGGUCCUGUGUCCCUUCGCCGCUGGCUACCUUUGCUACAGGAUGUGCCGCAACAACAAACUGCAAUUUGAAAAGACCGCACUGGAUCAUAGAAAGCACAACUGUGUUGUUAUGUACAGUAGGGAAAGAGGAAUGUGUGGUUGGCCUGAGUAUCCUGAAGGCUUGAAGACAAGCAUAUCAACUUACUACUUGUUCAAUGAGCCUCUAUUAUUCUUUGUUAAAACAGCGAAGAAAACUGUCGAUAUUGCUAUAAUGCAUAUGUCCUUGAGAGCGCUUCUGGACUCGCUCGUGGAUGCUUUGGAUAGGGGUGUUGCUGUGAGGAUAAUUUUCGAUUACACCUCGAUGCGAACCGUUGAUCUGAAAUUCCUGGAAGCCGCUGGUGCUGAGAUUAUUUACUACGUGAACGACGAGAGCGAGAACAUUUUCCAUUACAAAUACGCUGUUAAAGACUACUCAGAUAAAACUAAAACUGGAUACGCCAUGUGCGGAUCCAUGAAUUGGUCCCAAACUGGGAUCAUCGAGAACUACGAAGACAUCGUCUUGACAACGGCCAAAAGUGUUGUGCAGUCUUUGCACGAUAACUUCGAGGAGAGUUGGACGUUCCUGAAGAAGGAAAACUGCAGAAACGUCUACGUUAAAACGGUUUUAGACGAUUUCUUGUAGAUUGCAAAUUGCAAUUCCAUUUUAUAUAUUUAACAGUUUGAGAUUGAAUUUAC